CGUCUUCUAGUAGCGGCCAUUUUGGUUAACGUCGGGUGUCUGUGAGGUUUGUAAGGUGAGAGGCCCUGGAGCCAUGGGUCCGAACCGCGGUGUCUGAACCCAGCAGGUGGAGGGGAGUCCUGCUCGCUGCACAGAGGCGGAUCUUAAGCCCCGUAACGGCGACCGCCGCUCCCGGCCGUGCUUCCCCCACGUACUCGGAUGGCGGCGGCCGCGCUGAGGCCCCCGGCUCAGGCAUCAUCUGGCUCCAAAGAAGAGAACACACUGCGUUUGAGGGAGGAGGAAAGAGGAUCAGAGUUUAAGCUCCUGCAACAAUGCAGCAGGGCAUUGUGACAUUUGAAGAUGUGGCUGUGAACUUUUCCCGGGAGGAAUGGAGUCUUCUUAGUGAGGUUCAGAGAUGCCUUUACCAUGACGUGAUGCUGGAAAACUGGGUACUUAUAUCCUCCCUGGGUUGUUGGUAUGAAUCAGAAGAUGAGGAGGCACCUUCUAAGCAGAACAUUUCUAUACAAAGAGUGUCUCAGGUCAGCACUCGUAGGGCAGGUGUGUCUCUCAAGAAGGCUCACCCCUGUGAAAUAUGUAGCACAGUCUUGGGAGACAUUUUGCACUUGGCAGAUUAUCAGGGAACACAUCACAAGCAGAAACUGCACAGGUGUGAGACAUGGGGGAAUAAAUUGUAUGAUAGUUCAAACCAUCAGCACCAGAAUCAGUACCUUGGAGAGAAACCCGAUAGAAGCAGUGUUGAGGAAGCGUUGUUUGUGAAGAGGUGUAAGUUCCAUGUGUCAGAGGAAUCAUCUGUCUUCAUUCAGAGUGGAAAGGACGUUUUGCCCAGCUCAGGAUUACUUCAGCAGGAGGCCACUCACACUGGGGAGAAGUCAAACAGCAAAACUGAGUGUGUGUCUCCCUUUCAGAGGGGAAAAACUCAUUAUAGCUGUGGAGAAUUCAUGAAACAAUCUAGUACCAAGCACAUACUUGUUCAACAGCAGAGACUUCUCCCUAGAGAAGGAUGUUACCACUGUGACUGUGGGAAGUCCUUUAGCAAAUAUGAUAGCUUGAGUAAUCAUCAGAGAGGUCACACUGGGAAUAGACCUUAUGAAUGUGGAGAAUGUGGGAAAUCUUUUAGUCAUAAGGGCAGCCUUGUUCAGCAUCAGCGAGUUCAUACUGGAGAAAGACCUUAUGAGUGUGGAGAAUGUGGGAAAUCUUUUAGUCAAAAUGGUACCCUCGUUAAACAUCAACGAGUUCACACUGGAGAAAGACCUUAUGAGUGUGAAGAAUGUGGGAAAUGUUUUACUCAAAAGGGCAAUCUCAUUCAGCAUCAGCGGGGUCACACUAGUGAAAGACCAUAUGAGUGUGAAGAAUGUGGAAAAUGUUUUAGUCAAAAGGGCACCCUCACCGAACAUCAUCGAGUUCACACUAGAGAAAGACCUUAUGAGUGUGGAGAAUGUGGGAAAUCUUUUAGUCGAAAGGGACACCUUAGGAACCAUCAGCGAGGUCACACUGGAGAAAGACCUUAUGAGUGUGGAGAAUGUGGAAAAUCCUUUAGUCAAAAGGGCAACCUCAUUCAGCAUCAGCGAAGCCACAGUGGAGAAAGGCCUUAUGAGUGUAGGGAGUGUAGGAAAUUAUUUAGGGGCAAGUCCCACCUCAUUGAACACCAGAGAGUUCACACUGGAGAAAGGCCAUAUGAAUGUAAUGAAUGUGGGAAGUCAUUUCAGGACAGCUCUGGGUUUCGUAUUCAUCAGAGAGUUCACACUGGAGAAAAACCGUUUGAAUGCAGCGAAUGUGGGAAGUCAUUUCCUCAAAGCUGUUCUCUUCUUCGACAUCGGCGAGUUCAUACUGGAGAAAGGCCUUAUGAGUGUGGAGAAUGUGGAAAAUCAUUUCAUCAAAGUUCUUCCCUCCUAAGACAUCAGAAAACUCACACUGCAGGAAGACCUUAUGAGUGUGGAGAAUGUGGGAAAUUCUUCUUCAGUCUCCAUGAACACAGGAGAGUUCACACUGGAGAAAGGCCUUAUGAAUGCAGUGAAUGUGGAAAAACAUUUACUCGAAGGUCUGCACAUUUUAAACAUCAGAGACUUCAUACUAGAGGAAAGCCUUAUGAGUGCAGCAAAUGUGGGAAAUCCUUUGCUGAAACCUUCAGUCUUAAUGAACACAGGAGAGUUCACACUGGAGAAAGGCCUUAUGAGUGCAGUGAAUGCGGAAAAUCAUUUCAUCGAAGCUCUUCUCUCCUUCGACAUCAAAGAGUUCACACUGAAAAAAGUCCUUAUAAGUGAAAGAAAUUUGGGGAAUUAUUUAGCUAAACCGCUGCGUCUCCUUGAUCAGUUCUUAUUGAAUCAAGACCUUAUGAAUGUGACAAAUGUGGGAUAUUCUUUAUGCAGAAGUCUUGCUUUAUUACAUACAGAAGAGCUUCCACUGCAGAAGUGCCUCUUCAGUACAGUGAAUGUAUGAAAGCCUUCAGCCAGCUAGGUGCAGUGUCACACCUGUAAUCCCAGCAC